ACAAUGUCUCUGCAAAUGGUUUCAGAGAGUAGCAAAACUGGACUCAUCUACCCAGGCUUUUCUUUAUUCAAUUUUAACGGGGAGGUCUUCCUUUUUGGUCAGAAAGGGUGGCCAAAAAGAUCGUGCAGCACUGGAGUUUUUCUUCUUCAUCUCAAAGGCCAUAAUUUCAAACUGAAAGCGGUUUCAUUUUCACCUGACUCCUGCUACCUUCCCCCUCUGCGUUGUCCUGCAAUAACACAUUACUCAGAUCCCUCAGAACCUAAGAGCCCUUUAUAUUUCAUCCAUGGUGGGAGAGAUCCAAAUAAUGACUUGACUAAUUCACUUUAUUUAAUGAUGGUUUACAGCAGCACUGGCAACAGGAGAACAUCGCUUCGUUGCAUUGAAAAAAAUCUUCAAGGAGACGUUCCCCAAGGAAGAUAUGGUCACACCAUCAAUGUGGUUCAGUGCAAGGGGCAAAUGUUGUGUGUCUUGUUUGGGGGUAGAUGUUUCCGGCCCCCAGGGCAAAGAACCACGGAAAACUGGAACAGUGUAGUUGAUUGUUUGCCGGAAGCUUUUCUGAUUGAUAUAAACACCGGCCAUUGCACAUCCCACAUACUUCCCGAAGUAGAAGAUGGGUUUUCAUUUCAUAUCGCCAUUGCAAAAAUUGACAGAGUCUACAUAUUAGGUGGUCAUUCAAUUGAAACUAAUUGUCGCCCUGCAAGGUUGCUUUGUCUGAAGGUUGAUUUAUUAGGGACUUCUCCAAGCGUACAGUGCACAAUACUGCAAGGUGGCAUCUCUGUGUCGAGUGCAAUUGUGACCCCAGCUGGAAAAGAUGAAUUCAUAAUUGUGGGUGGCUACGAGUCAGAGAUCACGAAGCGAAUGAUUUGCAACACCAUCACUGUGGAGAACGACAACAUUCAGAUUUUGGAAAAGGAGCCCCCAGCAUGGACCACUGAUAUUAAAGCAAGCAAAACCUGGUUUGGUAGCAACAUGGGAAGUAAUGCAGUGUUAAUCGGCAUUCCUGGAGAAAGCAAACAAGAUGCAGGCGAGGCAAACUUCUUCUACAUAGCAAAAUUUGGGCAAUUAGACGAAGAAAGUCAAAUUCCUUGCAGUCAGGAAUCCUUUACUGAUCGAGAAGAAUGCAGCACUUUUGAAGAUUCAGAAGAAUUUAACUUUGAAGUAGAGGGCGAGGGUUCUGAUAAUGCAGAGAACCGAGAUAAUGCUGAUGAGGAAGGUUAUUGGAUUAAAUGCAGCUCCACGUGUAAUGUGAACGUCAACCUCUGGGAGCCUUAUUACUCCACAGAAUUAAAUAAACCUGCAAUGAUUUUCUGCUCUAGUGGAGGUGAUGAUGGACACUGGGUACAUGCCCAGUGCAUGAAUCUUGCAGAAUCGCAGCUGAUUCAGUUUUCUCAAGAAAACACGAAGUAUUUUUGCAAUGAGCAUUACAUCGAUAGAGGAAUUCAAACGCCUCAAAAGAAACAGAUAAAGCGAACACCAAUUAAAUCUCCGCGUAAGAAAUCGCCAGCCACUCUGAAAAGGACACCAAUGAAGAAAAGCUUUCUGAAGAGAUUAUUUGAUUGA